AUGUCGCAACACAUCCAGCAUCACCAAACAUCAUUCCUCCACUAUACCCCGCCCAUCCAGCACCAGCAACAGGCCCAGCAACAACACCAGCCACAGCAGCACCCCAUCACCCAUGUCGCACCGCAGGAUACCCAGAGGCAGCCGCCCCAGCAGCCGCAGCCUCAGCCUCAACCGCAGGUAGUGCAGCAACAGCAACAGCCUCAGGCGAGUGGGUCGACGACGACGACGGGCCCUGUCGUGGCGAAGGGAGACUGGACGAAGGAUCUAGUUCAUCUGGCCAAGACGGCAGAGCUGAAAAAACAUGCGCUGACGCUGCAGCUGCACACCGCGCAUAUACUGUCUGCGCACGCGACGCUUGAGCAGAAGGGAAAAGCGAUACAAGACCUCAGAGAGCAGAAGAACAAGCUCGAAAGUGAACGGACGCGACUGCUAAAUUGUUUGAGAGAGAUCAACGAAGAUCGUGACAAGGUCGAUCUUAUGGAGGCUUCUCUUGAGAAAGAGUGCAACGAUACCCGUGCAAAAAUCAAGCAGCUCACCGACGGCGACUACGCCAUCGCUAAAUUCGACGUGGACCGCCUUCGGCAAGAGCUUGGGCAGCCUCCACUCCCAAGCUUACAGAGCACGUUGGAAGAAAAGACAGCGCAGUAUCUGAAUGAGCGUCGGCUAAAUGGCAAUGAAUCGCAAACCGCUUCUGUCUCCCAGAACGCUGCCAGUGCUCCGACGAGUGCGAAUGGGAAUGGCAACAAACGAAGUGCACCGCCUACGACUCCGUCAACGGAAUUUCAGGCGAAGCGGCCGCGAGGAAGGCCAAAGGGAAGCAAGAACAAAAACAAAGCAUCGGAUGGCGCCUGA